UGGUUCAGAAAGGGCCACGAUAUUCUCUGCCAAGCAGAGAGCUUCGUGGCACCGUUCCGCCCUGGUGCGCCGUACUGUGAGCCCCGCAUGGCAUGCAGCGCAUGCCGCGCCGCGACAGCGAGCGCUUGGGGCGCUCAACGUUUGGCUCCACGUCCUCGACGAUCCUGGGCUUCAGCCGACAGAAGGCGUUGCAGAAGAUGAGUAGCGCCGUAGGUUUGCCCGGCCUGGAACGAUUGGUCAAGACCACUUCCCGACGGCCACAGGUGACGGAGGACGUGUGUCCUUCCCGCAACGUGUUCCAUCUCUCGGCCGGGAAGAUGAUGGCACUGCCACGACCGGCCUCGAAUCGACCGCGCUUGCUGGCCACAGCGUACGAUUCGGAUUGGAAACUGAGGCCGGACCUUUUGCAAUCCAAGCCACAUCUGGAUGGUGACAGCGAUUGGUUUCGCAAUGUCUUGGGCAAGCGGAAACAAAAAGGACAUUUGGCUGACAGAAUGAGGCCGGAUUUGGUGGCUGCCAUUCUGGAAGACGGCGGCAUCUCGGAAGAGCCGUAUCACUGGGAUCCCCUGCGGGAUCUCAAGGUACACGGCUGUAAGGACUCUGACUGUUCCGACUCCUCGGACUCCAUGUCGAGCUCCGAGAGUAUGGGCAUCGCAAGCCUCGCCAUCGUGGCCAGGUUGGGCCGCCGCCGCAGUGGCAUUGGCAACGAGAGCCGUGCCUCGCACCGCGCCCAACGCCGAGCCUCUCGAAACGUGCAGGGCCCGCGAAAGGAGAAGCCGAAGGAGGCGCCCAAGGUUGAGCCUCCGGAGAUUUUGUCCUUAGCCAAGCUUUCGGGGAAGCAUAACAUCCCCCUGCAGGUGAGUGAACAGGCUUUCAGCUGGUGGUUUCAAUUCGCCACUCUGGAUGGCUUCACCGGCACCGAGGCAGAGGUCCUGGAUGGCCUGGAAUUCGCAGUGCCAAGCCUAGGGUUGAUGUCGCACGAUGCCUUCGUUCAAGCCUGUUGCGCCAUCAGCGAUGUGGACAACCCCAGGCUGUUGGACAUGGAGUUUGUGGGAAGCGUCCUGCUGAGCGUUGCCGAAUGUUUGGAGAACUUUGGGAACUCCGGCCGUGAUCCUGCUGACGAGAGUCUCAACGGUCGCUUAGACUUUGUCGAGUUCCUGGCCUUUUUCCACAAGUUUUGCUUCUCCGAAGAGGUUCUGAUUUCUCGCUCGGAGCGCGAAGUGCGACACCUGGCGCGGAAGCACGGCUUCAGUUUUUUGGACAUCGAUGCCUUGAAGAAGGACUUCGAUAAGGCAGAUCGGCGUGGAGAAGGCAAACUGAAACACGACGAAUUUAUAGGGCUGAUGACUCGAUUGAUGAAACUCCCUGCUGGGCAAGAGCUUCCUGACAAGAAGAAGAAGGAACUCUGGAUCACAGCCACACAAGGCUGGCGGAAGCAGUUGGACCUCGAUGCCUUCUUGGGUUUCUAUGCCCACUUUGGAAGGUGAAGGUAGCAAAAAAGGCUACAUCUACCUAUUUUCAAUGCCAACUUGAGGGCCCUGGAUAAGGGCCAAGCUAUGACACCAUUAUCCUAUAUUAUACUAAAGAGGGAUGUGGCAUCCAUUUAGUGGCUAUUUCUAGGGUUCACCAGGGCAUCUAGGGUUUUGACACCGGAAUAUUUUCCUGUGACAACUCAAUGGAUACUGUUGCUUGUGCCUCACUAUGGCUUUCCCCGGCAUUUCUUUUGUCAAGACGUUGUCAAAUAUUAUUUGUCAUCCCACGAAUUGGCUUCCAGAAGGAAAUCAAUUCAAUAUCGAAGAAAAUGAAAUGGAUGACCCCCCAAAGGGGGAAAAUAAUAUUGAAGAAAAAAUGUGC